AAAAAAAAAAAAAAAAAAACAAAAAAAAAAAAAAAAAAACACACAAAAAUAGUUUCUCCUAAACCAAAGGUGUGAACAGGUGCAGAAAGCGGCACGAAGGGGGGUGGAGUUUGGGAGUGUGUGGGCAGAUAUGGGCAGCCACUGGAAAGGCUUUGUGGAGUUUACCUUGCCCGCGUCUCCACCCACUGCAUUUGUUAGCGCCGACCUGGGCAGCACCUCCCCCGUCGGACUCUGCCUGUCCCCGUAUGGCCGAUCCCACGUCCCCGUCCUCCCCCUGCUAGUGAUGGAGAGGACGUACUCUGAGCAGACCCCCGCCGUGGCCCCCUCGGCCCCACCCAUCCCUCGUUCGUCCUCACUCUCCUGUCGUUCCUCUCAUCCACCCGGGGCAAAAAAGCACAAGCGGACCCCCCUAUACCAGAGAUCAAUGAGCUUUGACCCUGGCCUCCUGCAUAGCUCUGGCCAUUCGGCCUUUGCUAACGGUGCAGGCAGCAGCCUGCGUGAGACAGGAGUGGUGGAGAAACUGCUCACUUCCUAUGGCUUCAUCCAGUGCUCAGAGAGACAGGCCCGCCUGUUCUUCCACUGCUCCCAGUACAGCGGAAACCUCCAGGAGCUGAAGCUUGGAGACGAUGUGGAGUUUGAAGUGUCCUCAGACCGGCGUACUGGAAAGCCCAUUGCUGUCAAGCUGGUGAAGAUCAAGCCAGAGGUGCCUGAGGAGAGGAUCUCGGGGCAGGUGGGCACAGACUUGCAUGCUGCACAGCUGGUUGUAUCUCCAGUUCCCACCCACCUGGAUGGUAAAGCGGCCCCUGGACAAGUACCCACUGGCAGUGUGUGCUACGAGAGGAAUGGGGAGGUGUUUUACCUGACCUAUACGCAAGAGGAUGUCGAGGGCCAGCUGCACCUGGAGACCGGGGACAAAGUCAGCUUUUUCAUGGAAACCAACAAGCACACGGGAGCCGUCAGCGCCCACAACAUCGUCCUGGUUAAGAAGAAGCAGCAGAGGUGCCAGGGUGUUGUUUGCGCCACCAAGGAAGCUUUUGGGUUUAUUGAAAGAGGAGACGUGGUGAAAGAGAUCUUUUUCCACUACAGUGAGUUCAAGGGUGACCUGGAGGCCCUUCAGGCUGGAGAUGAUGUGGAGUUUACCAUCAAAGAGCGCAACGGCAAGGAGGUGGCAACAGAGGUGCGUCUGCUGCCCCAGGGUACGGUCAUCUUCGAGGACAUCAGCAUCGAGCAGUUUGAAGGAACCGUCUCCAAGGUCAUCCCUAAGAUUCCCAACAAGAACCAGAAUGACCCCUUGCCUGGGCGCAUCCGUGCCAGGAUAAACUUCACAGAUAAGGAUCUUUUGUUUGGGGAGAAGGACACCAAGUCGAAGGUGACUCUGCUGGAGCGCGAUCACGUGCGUUUCAACAUCUCCACAGAUCGCCGGGACAAACUGGAAAGAGCCACGAAUAUAGAAAUCUUGCCUGACACAUUUCACUACACUAAAGAAACUAGAGAAAUGGGGGUGAUUGCUGCCAUGCGUGAUGGGUUUGGUUUCAUCAAGUGUGUGGACCGGGAUGCCAGGAUGUUCUUCCACUUCAGUGAGAUCUUGGAGGAGAGUCAGUUGCACAUCUCUGAUGAAGUGGAGUUCACUGUUGUGCCUGUGAGUCACUUCCGGCUCUUAAAUCUACACAUUACCUUCCUGUCUGCCCAGCGGAACCAUGCUGUGCGGAUCAAGAAGCUACCCAAGGGCACGGUGUCCUUCCACACCCAAUCGGAGCAGCGUUUUGUGGGUGUGGUGGAGAAGGAGGCUGCAGCUUCUACCAAGAGUGCGAGCCCCAAUAAGACCAAAGAGAAGGAGGCAGAGGAGGGGGUGAUCGCUUACGAGGACUGUGGAGUGAAGAUGACAAUGACCUAUCACGCCAAGGACCUAGAAGGUGGUUUACAACCACAAGUGGGGGAUAAGGUGGAGUUCUCAAUCAGUGAGGUUAAGAGGACCGGACAGCAAAGUGCUGUGUCCAUCAAGGUCCUUAACCGUUCUGUCAACACCAAACGGUUGCUGGGCUUUGUGGCCACACUCAAAGACAACUUUGGCUUCAUUGAGACUGCCAACCAUGACCAGGAGAUUUUCUUCCACUACAGCGAGCUGUGUGGCGAUGUGGAGAGCCUGGAGCUGGGUGACGCCGUGGAGUACACUGUGUCCAAGGGCAAGGGGAACAAAGUCAGCGCUGAGAAGGUCACCAGAGUGGCUGCUGUGAAUGGACUGUGGGAGGAUGUGGGUUCGACCGUGGUCAUGGGUAAGGUGGUACGGCCUCUACGCAGCGUGGACCCAUCCCAGACCGAGUAUCAAGGCCUCAUCGAGAUCACUGAGGAGGGUAGCCUGAAGGGUCAGAGCUUCCCCUUCGGUAUAGUGGGCAUGGCCAACAAGGCGGACCCCUUGCAGAAGGGCGAGGCCGUCCGCUUCCAGGUCUGCACUGUGCCACAGACGGGACAGAAGAUGGCCUGUAACAUUGUACCCCAGCGCCGUGCCCCCGUCGAAUGUGUCAAGGACCAGUUUGGAUUCAUUACCUAUGAGGUUGGCGAGAGCAAGAAGCUGUUCUUCCAUGUGAAAGAGGUUCAGGAUGGGCUGGAACUGCAAGCUGGGGAUGAGGUGGAGUUCUCAGUCAUCCUCAACCAGCGGACGGGCAAAUGCAGUGCCUGCAACGUGCGGCGUGUCAGUGAAGGGCCAAAACCAGUGGCGACACCUCGGCCCGACCGGCUGGUGAACCGGCUGAAGAGCAUCACGCUGGAUGAUGCCAGUGCUCCCCGCUUAGUCAUUGUGCGGCAACCCCGUGGCCCAGACAACUCUAAGGGCUUUAAUGUGGAACGGAAAACCCAUCAAGCCGGUGUCAUCGACUGAACCCUCAACUGGACUCCCAGGGCCCAUCCCCACCUGAUGGAGCAAAUAGUUUUAAAAAGUGCAAUCCUGCAAGGGGCAAAUCUACAGCAGCUGUAUUCUAUAAAUGCUGUGAGAUGUGCAUGCACAGCCCAUUUUCCUGUUCUAGCCAAUCCAUUCAAUGCAGAACCCUCCAAAUCCAUUGGUCCUCUGCUUUUGUUGUGGGCGUGGCCUCCGGGGCGGCUGAAGGCUUAGGGAAGUCUCUAUUCUGUGUUUGUGUGCGUGUUUGUGUAAAAUGUUUUAGAGACCCUGUGGAAGGUGGCAGUGGAUUUGGUGGGUUCUUUGGUGAAACAGCAAUUUACCAUCUGGAAAACUGCUCUAGUACCCCAAGUUUGAAACUCAAAAAGUAAUAUUUAGCGAGAGUCUGGAAUUCUUCACCUGUGAUGUUAGUGUGUUAAAUGCUAUUAGUUUUUUUUUUUUUCCUCUACCUUAUAAAUUCAUGCUUUUGACAUGGUGGACUUUAUUUUUCCAAAAAGAGCUUAAAUUUUCUACAUUUUCUUUGAAGGGACACUGAUUUAUUUGACCUUUUAAAACAGAUGGCUUCACAAACACAGGCAGCCUUGCUGCUUAGUUCUUACAAUAGUCCAAACGGUUAGUCAUCCCAUGUUUGUGUUUUGAUUGUAUCCCAACUCCUGAUUCACUCUGUGCUCAGGACAUCCAUCCCAGAACCCAUGUAUUCAGAAUUCCAAAUGGCAUCUUGUGGUCAUCCAGUUAUUUUUAUACAUGAAUUUCAUUUUCUUCAGUGCACAUUUCAGCUAUUUUGCUGUUUUCAUUGCAUUCGUUUAUGCUAAUGAAUGAGAAAUUAAACUUAAGGUGCCUAAAAAUACGUACACAAAAAUGAUUAGUAAAAAAAGUAAUUUACUAAACUUUUCCCAGCCAACCACCAAAAUGU